CAUCCGCAGUAGUAAGCUAGCUAAUAACAUGGCGAAGACUUACGAUUACUUGUUUAAACUACUUUUAAUCGGCGAUUCGGGCGUCGGAAAGACCUGCGUGCUAUUCAGAUUUUCAGAAGAUGCCUUCAACUCAACAUUCAUCUCCACUAUAGGUAUUGACUUCAAAAUCAGAACGAUAGAAUUAGAUGGGAAGAAGAUCAAGCUACAGAUAUGGGACACGGCGGGACAGGAGAGGUUCAGGACUAUCACGACGGCCUACUACAGGGGAGCCAUGGGCAUCAUGCUAGUGUAUGACAUCACCAACGAGAAGUCCUUCGACAACAUCAAGAACUGGAUACGGAAUAUAGAAGAGCACGCCUCAGCAGAUGUGGAGCGGAUGGUCCUCGGGAAUAAAUGUGACGUCAACGACAAGCGACAGGUGUCCAAAGACCGAGGAGAGAAGCUGGCGCUGGAGUACGGUAUCAAAUUCAUGGAGACAAGCGCAAAGGCGAACAUCAACGUGGAGAAUGCCUUCUUAACCCUCGCCAGAGACAUUAAAGCAAAGAUGGACAAGAAGCUGGAGGGCAACAACCCGCAGGGCAGCAAUCAGGGAGUGAAGAUUACAGAACAGCCCAAGAAGAGCAGCUUCUUCCGCUGCACGCUGCUGUGAGGAGACGGGAGUCUGCGUCCGCCAUCGCCUUAACCGUGUCCCCCACUGGACAGAACUGGACAGAGCCCGCUCUGAUCUCUGCUUCCUCCUUCCUCACUGGUCUUCCUCCGUCUCUCUCCUCUGAUUUGUCCUGUGAUUAUCGAGUUAGGAAACAAAGUGUAUCGCUCCCUCGGUUUAACGGUCUUCCCUCGACACCUGUGGAUCUAACUACUGUGGCCUCUGUUACAUACUAAACCUGAUUUCUUUUUCUUUUUUUUCCUUUUCCUGAGACCGAUGGUUUCAACUCACUUCCUGAAGUUUUAUUCACUUUUUAAAAGCUGCCUCUUUGUGAGACGCUGAGAACGAACAAAGCUUUUCUGCCCGUCGUCUUUAGCCUUCGCCUACGGGUCACGCGUUGUCAGUAUCACUCGAUGAAGUCUUAUUUAUUUCAUCCUUAUCGGCCAAAUUAUACUUCAUGCUAGUUAGUUUAGUUUUCAGAACGCUCCAUUGAUCAGGUGAUAAGAGCACAAUGUUUUUAAGCUCUGUUUGUACCGACGGGGUGGAUCAGUAAAUGUAGAAAUAUGUAUCAUUGGUUCUGCUUCACCGUAUGAAAUGGUUCUGCCAGUGUAUUUACUCAUCAUAUCAGCGGUGGGGUUUACAUGUCUUCUGUCCACCUCUUCGGCUGAAACAUUCCAUUCCUCUCGUUUACGUGCAAUGUCGUGUCUGUGGAGCCCCGUUCUGUUCAGAGCCUUCACCUGGCUGCAGUACCUCUGGGCUCUGGACAGAAUCUGCUUGUUUUCAGGGCACACCGAUUACUUCUGUCGUUGCUCUCCGCAUCGUUUUAGGUAGAAAAGGCAAACGGUGGCCGGUGUGAGGCGACGACACGCCUCCACAGGUGAGCCGGCAGUACCUGAACCCAACACCUGGAGGCAAUUCAGUUCCACUGAAGGAAUCACAGCGACGAUGAAACCUUUGUUCUCUGUACUUGUUGCGGUCGUCGGUUCUGACGGGGGGACGUGAGCACCACUGUUUUCUGGGCCUUGGAUAGGGGCUGUGCUGUAGCAGUAUUUAUGGAGUGGAACAAAAAACAUAGCACCAAAAUGACAAAGUGCCCUUUUUAUUUUCUUAUUGAUUAUGCACUUUUUUCCUUUUUGUUCUUUCUGUUUAAAAAAAAAAAAAGAAAAAAAAAAGUUCUUAACAUUUAUUGACUGUGUUUGUUGCAAAGUCUUAACUGAAAGCAAAGAAGACCUCCCUGUUCCCCAUCUGGGCUUCCUGAAACCAUCUGAGCACUGAAACUUCUCCUCUUAGUUGUUCUAUUGAAGGUAUUUUCCCUCAUCGUCGUUCCAACAUUCCCACCUGUCGAUUUGCUUCGUUUGCAUCGCCGCCGAUGCUUUUGGGAACCCCAGACUUCCUCCUUCCAGAUAUUCCGCGUGUUGUUUUGGCGUCACGGCCGUCUGAACUAUGCAUUCUGGGUGCGUAGAAGAACCUCAGAAAGCUUUGCACAUUCGACUUAACGAGCUUUAUUUGAGAUUAGAAAUGUGCAGAGGAUCUGUGCUGUUUGAUUUUCUGCCGUCACUCCGAACUCUUUAGAGAGCUGCUCAGAGGAUAAAAAAAAAUAAAAAAUAGGAACUGAUUUACGGUUAAAAUCACAUCCGAGGUUUUCAGAUCGUUUGAAGUGGUGCUGAAGAGUCUUUAACCUGAACUUCACUCGUGUUUUCUUGUACUUCAGAAAUCAUUACCGGUUGGACUUUAGCGCUUCGUUUGUUAAACUGACUCUCAGAUGAAAACCAGUCAGACGAAGGUUCAGGUUUGUGGCGUCGUUUUGAUCUAGAAAUUCUUUUGAUUGGGAGUCCUUGUUCCUCGUGAAUCUGGCAGUUCUGUCGUUCAAACAUCCUAAAACAUUCCUCGACUAAAUUUGGAUUUCUUUCCCUGAUUAUUGUUGGACGGAAUAAAUUAAAUAAUUCAGCAGUUGUAAAUAAGAUCUACAAUGAUUGUACUGUAGUUUCAUAAAUCUUAUUGAUCUACGCUUUUUGUAGAUAUGUGUACUUUUGAUGAUUUAUUAAAAAUGAGAUUCUUAAAGAUG